AUGUUUCGCAGUGCAGCAGCGCUGGUGCUACGGCAGUCUGUAAGAUUUCAGUCCAGUGAGGCAGGUAUCUUGGAGAGAUCCGUGAACAGGGUGCAGAUUCUGGGCCGUGUAGGCCAGGACCCAGUAAUGAGACAAGCAGAGAGCAAGAACCCAGUCACCAUAUUCUCUGUGGCUACUAAUGAAAUGUGGCGGGCAGGUGAAAGCGAGAUAUACCAGAGUGGAGACAUCAACCAGAAGACAACUUGGCAUCGGGUAUCUGUCUUUCGGCCUGGCCUUCGGGAUGUAGCCUAUCAGUACAUCAAGAAAGGGGUUCGCGUGUACGUGGAAGGCAAGAUCGAUUAUGGAGAAUACACAGACAAAAACAAUGUACGCAGACAGGCCACCACCAUCAUUGCAGGUAAGGAGAUCCUGGACUAG